CUUAAUCAGAGAGCAGGGCUGUGUGUGUAUGUGGUAUGAGCCUGAGACAUGCACUCUUUAAUCCUCCUCAUCCUGCUCAUUUUGGGAUAUGAGAGUGAGAGUCAGAAGACUACAUCAGAUGAAGGUCGCAAAGGUCAUCGCCUCCUUCAGUGGUCAGAUCAUUAUGACUUUGCCGUCCAGCUGUCUGGCAAAGAGUCGCAAUGCUACUGGCACUAUGCUCGUCAGGACGGCCGUUUUUACCUCUCUUACAUGGUUCAGUGGGUGUCUGGGAUGAUUGGAGACAGACACCUAGCGGUCUCCAUUCACUCUCCUAAAGGCAUCCUCGUCUCCUUCGUGGAUGAUGCUACAGGCCAGAUGAGCUUCCAAACAACAGAGACAGGUUUUUAUCAGAUGUGUUUAGCCAACCUUCACAACCGUUUUGGAGACAUGCGAGUCUUUCUGAACUUCGGUGUGUACUACGAGGAACUUACAGAGGCCCAGAAGGAGAUUGACAUGGAAGAAGGCAUUCUGAACAGCACUCUUUCCAACAUGCAGGACAUUUCAAAUAAGCUACGCAUACGAAUCCAGCACGUGUGGCGCUUCUAUAAUGUAGCACGAAUGCGCAGAGGGGCUGACUACUACCUGCUUCAGUCCAAGUCCAACUACGUGAACACCUGGUCCGUCCUCCAAAGCUUCAUCAUCGUCAUGUCCGGUUACCUCCAGCUCUUCUUCCUCAAGAGGUUCUUCCGGACAGAAAGUGACCGGCCCCGCUGCUAAGAAAGAGAAAGAGCUCCAGUAAAACCAGCUUAUAUGCUUUUUAUUUGCUUUUAUUUGCUCUCUUUAUUUUGUUAUUAUCCUAAAUCAUUAAUCAUAUGAUAUAAAGGCAUCAGAUAGAGAUUAGGUUGAAAAAUGCUGGAGUUUGCCUUUAGACCUGAUGUGCUUCAUAUA